AUGGGCAGCGGCAUUGAAGAUGCUCUGGAUCUUUUGGAUGGCAUCGAGGACUUUGCAACUUUCCUGACUUUGCUCGUUGCAAGGCCGAGUGAGACCUCAAAUCAGAGCCACUUGAGUUGCGGGGAACAUCACUUGACCGACGGCUUCUUGGGUCGCCAAGCACAGGACAGGGAUGCGGACAUGGGCAGCGGCAUUGAAGAUGCUCUGGAUCUUUUGGAUGGCGUCGAGGACUUUGACAGGGAUGCGGACAUGGGCAUGGGCAUUGAAGAUGCUCUGGAUCUUUUGGCUGGCGUCGAGGAGAAGGUGUUGGGCGUGGGCGUUGAGGAUGCUCCUGAUUUGUUGGAGGACCUCGAGGACAGAGCCAUUGACAGCGAGGAUGAUGCAGAUCGUUUGGAGGAUUUGGGGGACGAGAUGUGUGAGCAACUCGACAAUGGCGACGUUGCAGCCGCAGCCCCGACCUCAUCAUUGCAUUCGAGAGAUGCCGUGAACAAACUUGCGAUUGAAGUGAACCAGUCAGUUGUGACAUUGGGUUCCAGCGUUCCGAGAAUCAAGGCGGUCCAGCUGAGAGGCAAGCAGAGGUUUACCCUUUGCACUGCCAAAACUGCGAAAUUCGUGGGGGCUCGGCGGGACAGAUACAAACUCACCGUGAAUGAGAUGUGUCAAGUCGCCUUCGAUAAACGCACCAAUAGGGCGGCCCAGGCAGAUAGCCUCAAUUGCAGCCACAGGACCGUGCGGCGUGCGUUGAUGGCAGUGAGCUAUACUUUGAUGGAGAAACAGUUGGCGCAGCUGCAUGAAUUCAAGGCCUUCAUCACCAGUAAACGACCUGACAUUGCUGCAGCUUGCUUGAUGUUUGACGAGACUUCACAGGUACUUUCUUUGGCAGCAGUUCCUGAGACAACGAAGCAACAACAGCGAUCCUCAUGGAGCGUAUUGGUUGGCCGCUUGCAUUUCGCAGUGGGCUUUUUGAGAAGCCCUGGCCUGAAAUUAUACAAAGAGGUGGUAUUCCCGCCAGUACCAUUGGUCACGAAUUCCGCUGCGGCAAUCAAUGCUGGCCUCUUCCAACAUCCGCUCUCCGGACCUAUUCUCACCGUGGUUCGAGACAUCGUGGCAUCUGCGAGAAUGUCAUGCUUUAUGCUAGAAACCGACGGCCAUUUGGCAAAUGAGAAAAUCUUCGCCCACCGCUACAACAUGCACAGAGAGCAGCAACUGCUACAGCCUGGACCACCCUUGGACCCGAAAAAAGGUGACUUUCCGCAAUGCAUGGAACAUGUUCUGUGUGGAAACCAUCAGAUUAAUUUGGUGGUGACAGCUGCCGUGGAAGCAGUUCCCAAAUCGGAAGAGACCGGCGGAAAGAUUAUCCCAAAUCUUUACGCUGGAUCCCUAUUUUUGCGAAUGGCGUCUCACUUCUUGAUUCUUGAUGCAGGGAACCUCGUGGGUGCCCUCCGGGUGCACAUGCAAGAUCCCGGCUUCUUUCGGUGGAACCAAAAUCCAUCGGCGCAAGACUUAGCCAAGGGGCGCGCAUACCGCGAAGAAAUCUGCAACAUGCUGAAGGCAAACCUGCCACACGACGGCCGCGAGAUGUCUCCAGGAUCAUCAAGUCACAACAAGCAGAAGCUCGAAGCAUUGUAUGACAACUGUUUCAAGGACGUGCUGAACGGUUGCUGGGAUCGCGGUGUUUUGGUGCAUAAUUGCAUCAAUUCUUGUUGCGCCACGAGGCAACAAGCUGAGGAGAAAGCCGUGCGAGCAGCCACAGAGGUCCUGUUUAAGAGCCAGCCAGUUCUUCCUUUACUGGCCGACUGGACCAAGCUCAGUCCAUGCCUGGAUGCUUUCCUCGCCAUGGAGUAUUGCGGAGUCCUGAGUUUCCUGCUUGGGAAGGCUGUGUGGGCCCACAGCCUUCCACAGACUGCCGAAGACGAUGAAGCCGACAUCAAAGUUGAGUGGAGAGCUCUUGCUGGACGGCGAUACCGUCGGGCCCUGGGUGCUAAUCUGGUGCUUCUAGCGAGUGGGGCGGGUCGCUGCAUGGACUACGAGGGCAGUGAGUCCUCCGUGCCAAGAGUCGUGCCGCCGCCAGCCACGCAGUACAGGCGGCCGGGUGAUUCAGACGAGCCGCUGCCGGUGGCUCUGCAGUGUACCAAGGUUGUGCCCGUCUUUGAGGCUGUGCUUAAGAAGCCCAGGCUACAGGCAGGCGAGAAGGCCGGUGUCGAUCGAGAAAAUGUCCUACGUCGGUGGCUCUGUGUUCUGAGUCACUCACCUGGUGCCUCGAGGUUGGGGGUUCUCAUUUGGGCGAAAGGCGAAUCUGACCCCUUGGGGGUCGUGGCGCAGGCCUUGGCUGGGAAAGCAACAUCGACUUUGCUUAAGCGAGCCCGAUUUUCUGCACGAUUCAUUUGUUGGGCCGACAAGCAUCAUGUGAAGGCUUUCCCGGUGAGCCUCGAUUUUCUUGUGAGCUUCCUCAAACCACUUGCAGCCGAAGCCAGGAACAGUGCCAUUCGUGAGGCUAUGGAAACUGUGAAUUUCCUGGAACAUGUUCUCGGAAUUGAGGUCGAACAAGGAAUCAGUGACAACCCUUGGGUCAAGGGUGCGCUGCGGGGAGCCAACAUUCGCACCUGUGACCCGAGACGUUCGAGAGUCCUGAAGGUCGAGGAGGUGCUCCUCCUCGAAGGAGCGCUGAUAGAGGGAGCCCUUGACAAGGUGGACAGGUACGCUACAGGGGUCUUCUUGUUCCAGCUUUACUCCAGGGCUCGAGUGUCCGAUCUGAGGAACAUUUCGAAGCUUGAGCUUGACCUUGAUGGCGAUACGGGUUUCAUCGAGGUCAGAACUUAUGAGCACAAGAAUUGCCGGUUGAGCAGUGGACCGGGGGCCGUGCUCAUUUUGGUUGCGCCGUACCAUGGGCUCCACCAGAAGCCUUGGGGCGCCGCUUGGGCAGAGGCGGCGAAGGCCGUUGGCUUCGACUUCGAGAAGGGGCAUCGCGGGCCGUUGCUCCCCCGCCUGGCCUGCGAUUACUCUUGGAGCGGGGAUGCCAUCGAUGCCAACGAGACCACUACAUGGAUCAGGGCGCUGCUUUCACGGCUGCAAGCGGCCGAAGAAGAUCUUACAUUCUCCUCGCACGGCUUGAAGGCAACGCCGCUUUCUUGGACCUCGAAGGCUGGAUACAGUGAGAGGACGCAACUUGUCCUGGGACACCACAGCUUAGGUCCAAGUGGGAAAACGCAAGAAGCUUACGCUCGCGAAGUGCAGGCGCAGCCGCUACGAGAUCUUGCAGAAUGUCUUGGUGCCAUCCGGCAGGGGGUUUUCCAUCCGGAUCGCACGAAGAGCGGGAUGAUUGCAGGAGGUGCGACCAUCCGUGAGUCGCGUUUCUCUUUGGCACCCUUGGGGCGUGCCAAUCUUUCGCCAUCUCACGAGAGCUUCGAGUGCGCUCCCGAGGUUGAGCUGGCCGAGGAUGGAGGCGUAGAACCUCCUGAUGAUCAGGACCUGGGUGAACAAGAAGACGUUCACGAAGCCUCGAGCAGCGAGUCUGAGAGUUCCGGUGAGUCCGAGGAGGAGACUCAUUAUGAGAGUUUUGGAGCAGGCGAAGCGCAGAAUGCGAUCCCGUCUGUGAACAUGGGCCCUGAUUUAGACAUUUUUCAGAACCCGAAGACCAAGAGCCUUCACUCACGAGCGAAGGGUUCUACUGGCAAGUUGAUCUGUGGAAGGUCGCUUGACAAUAUGAAGCCUUUCAGUGGAAAGGUCUUCAGCAGUAGAUGGCUGUGCAAGCAAUGCACAGCAGGCCGGCCCCUCCGCGACGCAGGGGCCAUGGCGAGUUUCAUCGCUAAGAAGCAGGGAUCGGAGAUCAUGGCGCAAACCCUUGUAGAGUCCAAGGCAGUCUUCCUGGAGCGAGCCAAACGUGUGGGCCUCCCUCAGGAAGCAGUGGAUCGCCUUGUUGCACAGACCAUCGACACGAUGGCGAAGCUGGCGUUCGCCCCUUGCCAGCCCGGCGAGACGCCGACCGAGGAGUCGUUGUCGGCCCUCAUCAAGGUGGGAGGUGCAGCCCCGCCGUUGGGAUCCAUCGCAGCGGUUCGCCACCUGGUGUUCGAGGCACAGACCCUCUUGGUCAGCCAGACCAAGGCACUCGUUGAGAACAAGGAGAACGAGGUCAAGGAGUUAGCCCCCGCGGAGCGCCGCGAGCGCAUCCGAGCACAGGCCAACAAACUUAGAGGCAUCACCAUGUCUGGCCAGACUGAGUGCAGCUACGCCUCGUAUGACCUCUGCAUGAAGCUCCUUACUGAUAACUGCAUCAGCUACCUUUCCCCGGCCAAGUUCAUCACUCGUGAAGCUGAGCUGCGUUCCGAGAAACCACGGAAGGAGUUGGAUGUGCAGGCUUCAACACUGGUCGUGAGAGAUCGUGACCCCGAUCAGUCAUGCGAUACUUCCACUGCACUGAGCCUUCACCAUGCCAUGCACCGCCGAAGCCUUGCUCUUGACUUGAUCGGUGUGACUGAUUACUUUAGGAUUCAGGGCUUCGUGGAUUUCCUCUUGGGCCACCUUCAUCAGGAGCCCAUUGCUGGCAGCCGUGCCACUUCUGUGCAACAAAUUCUGCAUGCGGACCGUGCUGCCUGGAUGCGCCUGGCAGAGCUUACCCCCGACGGGAUUCGUCGAGAUGCAUCCGGGGCUUUGCCUCUUGACAGUUUGUGGGCCCGCUUGCAGACUGACCCGAAGGUGAUUUUUCAUCUCCUCCCGCGAGAAGGUGGUGCCCUCAAGCGGGAGAGCACCGAGCUCAAACUUGAGCCCACAGACACCCCGACCAAGAAGCAGCGCAAAGGUACAGGCAAGGGAAAAACCAAGACAUUGCGCGAGCCUAGCAAUCUUCCAGAAGAACUCAAGGGCCUUUCGUCUUGGACUAAGACCGGAAAGCGCCGCUGCUGGGGAUUCAAUAUGGCUAGUGGGUGUCCAAAUGCCAAGGCUGCGAGCCCUGUGGAGGGGCCGCUACUUGAUGCCGGGCACUCUCUUUGCGGUGCUGAUGCUUUCAGGAUUGAUUCCCUCUUCUGCAUUGAAAUUUUCUCAGGCUCAGGCAGGCUUACUGCCGAACUUCGACGUGCAGGGUUCCGAGAUAGCAUCGGAAUCGACCAUGUUGCCCCAAAGCAAAUGAUUUCUCCCGUCCUUAAGCUGGACCUCCUUGAUCCCGAACAUGUAAAGAUGGUUCUUGAUCUGAUCGAUUCUCCCUUUUGCCUUUAUGUGCACAUCGCUCCCCCUUGUGGAACGGCGAGUCGUGCUCGUGAAAUUUUUCGUCGCGGUGAAAACCUACCCGCUCCCGCGAGAAGUGAUGCCCACCCGGAUGGGCUACCAGACCUCACUGGCGAGCUCCGCAUUCGCGUUGCUAAGGCCAACGACCUUUAUGCCGUCACUGGCAAGAUCUUUGCACACUGCAUCCGUUCUGGGAAGCUCGUCUCUUGCGAGAAUCCAGGCCGCUCUUACUUCUGGCAAACGACCAUGUGGCUCACUGCCGUUGCCGACCUGCAGUUUGAGGAAACCCUUUUUCAUAACUGCCAACACGGCGGUGAGCGUGCCAAGCUCACCCGCCUAGCCCAUAAUGUCCCUUUGCUACACGAGCUAUCCCUUCUCUGCCCGGGGGAAUCAACAUCUCAUCGCCGCCUGCCCUGGUCGCGAUCCUCAGGUGCCUUCGACACAGCCGCCGAGAAGGUCUACCCUCGUGUGCUCUGCCAACGUUUGGCCGACAUCAUUGUCCGUGCUGCCGCCGAACGUGGCCACCCUGCACCCGCUUCAUACCUAGCGCCUGGUGCUGCCCUUCCCCUGCGUGAGUCUCAGGUUGCAGCUGGUGUGCAACCUCGCAGCAAGCGCGUGCCACCCCUUAUGCCCGAGUUUCGGCAGAUUGUGGUUCUUCUUAGUCCUGAACCCCUUUUUCCCGGCGUGCGUAAGUUGGAAGCCGAUACCCCCCUUCCACCUUGUGUCUCAUGCUCGCCCUCACUGCCGACGCUUCCCGCGGGCACUCGGAUCCUGCGCCAGAGUGUCAUUGGGGUUGUGCCAGCUGGAGCGCAGGAAUCGUGCUCAAGUAACUCAGCCGCCUCAUCCACACCUGUGUCGCAUCCCACAGUUGCCCCUAAUGCCGAGGCGGAGGAUGAUGGAAACUCAGCCAUCAUGGAGGACGACCAGAUGGACCCCGAAGCUUUCUCGCAUUAUGCUCUCCACUUGGGAGCGUCAGCCAGCAACGAAGCAUGGCGCGACUGCAUUUGCCACUUGUGUGAGCUACUUGUCUCGGAUACCCCGUCUAGGGGCGGACGAGGCACUGAUGAAUUCUCCUGGUCAUGUGGUGCCUUCUUUCAUGCAAACAAGGUGGGCCUGCGUUCCAACACCUCAUCGCACCCCAGUGUGAGCAAACUCUUGUGCGAGUAUGUGCGCCGGGUUGCCCCGGGCCAUCCUUUCACUUCCCUGAUGCUGGGCAAGAACCUCGCAGGCAAGGUGCAUACCGAUAGAAACAACGAGCCAGGACUACCGAAUGCGGUCUUGAAGAUUUCCUCCUUCGAGCAAGGGGGAGUGUGGAUCGAAUCACCUAGUGGCUCCGUCGCUUGUCCUGAUCCUGGCCACCCCGAGCUUUUGGGAAAUGUUCUUGACUUCGAGGGCCGACGAAUAAUCUUUGAUCCGAGUGGUAGGCACUGUCAAGCUCCAUGGUUUGGGGGACCCAGGAUCACGCUUGUUGCCUAUGCGAUACGCGAUCACCACAAACUUCUUGACGAUCAGAAGAGAAAGCUUGAAGACCUUGGUUUCGGCCUCCCUGGAAGCUCCCCAGAGUGCUGCCCAACGGCCGGUCCCGAGGCAGCCACCCGUAAGUCUGGUUUAGGCCCCAGCUCCUUGACUAAGCCACCACCUGGGAUCCCGUCGUGCAGCAAGCCAGAAGGUGGCCGUAUGCACAAGGUGGCCGUAGGCAUCCCUUGGAAACCUCAGGAGUUCAUUGAGCAAGCACUGAAAGCUGGGCACCCCCGUCACCUCUUGGACGGUGUGCCAUCACAUUCCAAGGCGGCCAUCGACCGUCUUGCUGACAUGUCGCUUCAUGAGAUAGGAGCCCAACGCACCGAGAGGCUCCGGCAUUGGAUCAGCAAGGCCCGUGAGCUGGAGGCCGAGGAAGAGGAGUUGCGUGACUCAAUGCCGCAACAUUGCAAACGUGUCCUGGGGCGGAAGCGGCUGGUCCUUUUUAGGACCAUGCUCGAGGAGUGUGGCCACGAGGACCUAGAGAUAGCGAAUGACAUCGCCAAGGGUUUUGACCUCAGUGGUGCGAUCCCGAGGAAUCCUGCAUAUCGCCCCAAGCUGUCACCUGCUUCCUUAUCCGUAUCUGAUCUCCGGAGCUCUGCGGCUGUGAUGAGGGAAGCAACUCUUCUCGCCACCAAAAGUUCCGGGGACCCCGAACUUGAUGAGGCCCUCAUGGCGGCCACUGACAAGGAGGUCGCCAAGGGGUGGUUACGAGGACCCAUCGAUCCUGCUUCGCUAGGUCCUAAUGCUGUCCUCUCGCGCCGCUUCGGCGUUUGGCAGGGCGGCAAGUGUAGGCCUAUAGAUGACUUCAAGGCCUCUGGGGUUAACUCAACGACUUCAGCCGAAGACUCGGUGACUGUGCACACGGCGGAUGCAAUCGCCGCUUCCAUUGCCUACCGUCUCAAGCGCGACCCAAAGUGCCGACGGCACGGCGGGCUCGAGAUGAAAUCUUAUGACUUACACAAGGCGUAUAAGAAUCUUCCUUUGAGCACUUCGGCGGUGGAGGAAGCUUAUCUCUCGGUGUACAACCCCCGGUCGGGGAAAGCGGAGAUCUACGAGCAGUGCGUGUUGCCCUUCGGCGCUCGUGCGUCGGUCCACUCGUUCUGCAGAACUUCACUUGGCAUCUGGACGAUUGGGGCGAUUCAGCUGGCUUUGAUGUGGUCAGUGUAUUACGACGACUUUGUCGGCAACGAAGUCCCGCCACUUACACGGCUCUUCGACCUUUGUGCUGAAUCGCUCUUUCAGAUCCUUGGCUGGGACACGUCUCCAGACAAGCCUACCAUCUUCGGAGGCGUGGCAAAAGUCUUAGGCCUGGAGUUUGACUUGCGCGAAUCCUACCUCGGCAACUUCUACAUGAGGAAUACGACGACUCGACGCGAGGAGCUGAGAGAAAGUCUUUCUUCUAUCAUCGAAAAAGGAGUGCUGGCUAGGAAAGACUGCGAGAGGCUGAGGGGCCGCCUGCAGUUUGCCGCCAACCAGAUCGCGGGAAAGAAAGCUGGCAUCGCAUUCAAGACCCUGUCCAAACAUCUUGCAGAGCGAAGCCCCAACAUCGGAGACAACUUGAGGGCUGCACUUCUGUUCCUGAGGGACAGUUUUCUUGAAGGGCCUCCGAGGGCUCUGAGUGCCAACGUCUUGCAUCUUUGGCAUGUGUAUGUGGAUGCUUCUUGCGACAACGAUCGCAUCGGUCUCGGUGGAGUUCUCAUAUCGGACAAUGGGACGAAAGUUGGACACUUCAGCGAGUGGGCUUCUUCUGAGCUGCGACAUCUUGUUGGUCCCGAGAGCAAGAACCCAAUCUUCGAAUGCGAAUGUUUGGCUGUACUUAUGUGCAUACACGUUUGGAGAGGACUCCUUAAAGGAUGCAACCUCGUCGUCUUCUCGGACAAUGAAGGCACUCGUGCCUGCAUGAUCAAAGGGGCAUCCGACAACUCUGUCGGGAUGCACAUUGUGGAUGCCACCCACGAUGCCAUCGAUGCAGUGUGCUGCAUACCAUGGUUCGAAAGAGUCAAUACCGCGUCUAACAUCGCAGAUGACCCUUCUCGUGGAAUUUCAGAUGAAAGCCUUGGUCGGCGAUUCGAAGUGGAUGCGCUGAGCAUCGCAAAGUCUGCGUUGGUUCCGUGGGGAUGA